AUGGGUCGACCGGAGGAGGCGGGUGAGACCAGCGGGUCAGAGGGCGAGUCACCGCGCCGCAGCCGGUUCGCGCUGCAGCUGGCGGCGGCCGUGGCGGCCAGCCACGCCUGUGCCAUCAACUGUUACGCAAUUGGCUGGGGUGUGACGGCCACCUGGCAGCUCCGUCAGACAGACGACGCUCCGCCGGGCGAGCUGCGCCUCAGUGACGCCGAGCGCGCCUGGCUCAACUCUGUGCUGUACCUGGGCACGGCCUUCGGCUGUCUGCUGGGCGGCCGGGCGGCGGCGCGCUUCGGGCCCCGGCUGGCGAUGCUAUACUCGCUGCUGCCGCUGGGUCUCAGCCAGGCGGCGGUGGCGCUGGCCAACAGCUCAGCGGUGCUCCUCGCCGCCCGGCUUCUUGUCGGUCUCACCUGCGGCGUGCCGUACGGCGUGUACGUGCUCUACAUCAGCGGUACGUCAUCUCCGCAGUACCGCGGGGCGCUCACCAUCAUGGCAGACAUCGCCUGCAUCUUGGCCAUCAUCUUCGGCGUGGCACUGGGCGAGGUGCUGAACUGGCGCUGGCUGGCGGCCAUCUGCGGCAUCGUCUCGGUGGUGCCCACCGGCGGUCUGCUGCUGCUGCUGCCCGACGAUCCCGUCUGGCUGCUCAGCUGUGGCCGGCUCGCCGACGCCAAACGCUCAGCGGCUGCCUUUGGCGUGGAUCUCGAGCUGGCAGACACCACCACCUUGGACGAGACGCCCGGCGGCUGGCGGGCCACCCUCGGCCUGCUCACGCAGCGCAAGAACCUGAUGCCUCUCGGCAUCGUGAUGAUGCUCAACCUCUUCAGCAGCUUCUCCGGCUACAUGGCCAUCCUGUCCUACUCGCUCGAGUUCUUCCGCAUGGCUGGCUUCCAGCUGGACGCGGCCGUGUGCUCGAUUCUGUUCUGCGCGAUCCGCGUGCUGGCUGUCCUGCUGACGUCUACCCUGGUGGACCGUCUGGGCCGCCGCGUGCUGCUGGUAUUCAGCUGCGGCGGCGUCUCCGUUUGCUACAUGGGCCUGGUGGCCUACUACCAGCUGCCGGCGCUGCACCACCUCACCGCGCUGCCCAUCGUACUGCUGCUAGCCGCCGGCUUCGUCUACUCGUCAGCACUCGCCUGUCUGCCGUUCUGCCUCGCUGGUGAGAUCUUCCCUCUGCGCAUGCGCCAGCUAGGCGGCUCGCUGGUCACCUUCAGCUACUGCACGUUCAGCAUGCUGGCCACGCUGGCGUUCCCACACACAAUGGCGGCAUUGGGAGCGAGCGGCGUGUUCUUCACACACGGAGUGCUGAUGGCCGGCGCGUGCCUGUUCACCCUGCUGGCGGUACCCGAGACCAAGGGGCUCUCACUGGCCGCCAUAGAGACGCUGUUUGACAGGGACGCCUCGAAGGAGGAGGAUGGCCCGGCGACCGGCGCCGACUACAGCAAAGGAGGAGUUUAG